CUUCCAGUGACAUUGCUGUCAGACUAGAGGGCGGACCAGACACCAACGUCGGACGGGUGGAUGUGUUUUAUAGUGGUAUGUGGGGAGCAGUGUGUGCCGAUACCAUCUGGGAUAAAAAGGAUGCAAAUGUCACCUGCAGAAUGCUUGGACACAGUGAUGGGCAACCAAGACGUGAAAGAAGUAAAUAUGGUAAUCCUACGUACCCAGUAUGGAUGAAUCACGUUUAUUGUAAUGGCACAGAGGAACACCUGGCAAACUGCUCAUUUAGUGGAUGGGCAUUUUCGGAUUCAUGCUACUAUGCAGCUGGUGUUUUCUGCUAUAACAUCACAG